AUGGAAUGCCUCUUUCAGUUUCAGCAAUAUAUAGCAGGAGAUCUUGGGCAGUUCCAAAGCCUAGAGGUAUACAACUCCGACAAUAUGGAAGCGAUACUUGCAAUCAAUGUGGAAGGAGCAGCGGCGGAAGAGGAUGAAAUUGUCUUACACAAGUUGAAAGACUUGUGCCUUGAAAAUCUACCAAACCUAGUGAGUUUUUUUUUUGCCAAACAAAUAGUUCGGCUUCAGAAAGCAGUCCUCAUAUCCGAGCACAUGAACCUCUGUUCGAUGGAAAGCAUUGGAGAGCUGUUAUAUCUGUGGACUGCAUAA